AUAUUUUUCUGGUUUUAAAGAUAUGGAUUUAUUCUAGAAUUGUUCGCUAAAAUAUGAAUUGCCUUGAAAGAGUAUUCAUUGAAUUAAUAAUUAAUUCUGAUUAGCAUACAAAAUUAAUUAUUGAUUAAAAUUAGUUAAGUACUUGUUUACGAUAUUUAGGUCUAUCUUUUUAAAAUUUCAAUCAUUUUUUAGCUAAUAUAAAGGCUUUUUACAAUAUGAGUAGCCACGAUAUAUUGAUUUUAUAUGCCUCAUAGACAGGAACUGCAAAAUAUGUUGCUGAGGAAUUAGAAAGACAAUUAAUUUUGAGGGAAUUUAAGACAUUAUUAUAAUCUAUGGAUGAUUAUGCAAUUACCAAUCUUCCAGAAGAAAAUUAUGUAAUUUUUGUUGUUUCAACUACAGGAUAAGGCGAACCUCCUUCAAAUAUGAUUAACUUUUGGUAAUUCUUACUUAUUAAAGAUUUGCCUAAUGAUGCUCUAGAGGAUGUAAAGUUCACUGUUUUUGGUUUAGGAGACAGUAAUUAUCAAUAGUUUAAUUCUAUGGCAAGAAAACUUUAUUAGCGUAUGCUGCAACUAGGCGCUAAGAUAUUCCAUGAAAGAGGCUUAGGAGAUGAUUAACAUCCAUUUGGUUAUGAUGGUGAAUUAGAUAGCUGGACAGAAAAACUAUUUGAAAGUCUGAAAAAUAUCUUUCCAAAUAAGUAAUAUGAAAAUUUAGAAGAAAAAAUAAAACAAAAACCUUAGCCUAGAUACUAGAUAGAAUUAAUCAAGGAAAAUAUGUAUGAGGAAUAAGCAUAAUAAAAAAUAUAAGAAAACUACAAACUGAUUCCAACUCCAUAAGGGUGUAAAAAAAACCAAAUGAUAGUUUCAAGAGUUGUAGAAAAUGAGUUAUUAACUCCUGCUGAUUAUGAUAGAGAAACUAGAAAAAUAGAAUUUGAAUUUGAUUCAAAUGAUUAAACUUCGUAUAAUCCUGGUGACAUCUUAGUUAUCCAUCCUGAAAAUUCACACCAAUUAUGUAAGGAUUUGGCUGAUCACCUCAAUUUGAGUUUAUCUUAAAUUGUUAGAAUUACAAAAAAUGAAAAAAGUUUAUAGUAGUUUAAGAAUCCCUUCCCUGAGUACAUAACAAUAGAAUAAUUAUUUAAGUAGUGGUUAUCUAUUUCAACUCCUCCAACUCGUUACCUUUUUAAGCUAAUGAGCUACUUUACAAAUGAUGAACUUCAUAAUGAAAAACUAAUUGAAAUAUCAUCAAAAGAAGGAAAAGAAGAAUAUUAUAAUUAUGUUGUUAAAGAAAAAAGAAAUGUCUUUGAAAUUCUUUUUGAUUUCGGAACAGUUCAAAUUCCAUUAGAAUAUCUGAUAGAAGGACUUUCUCUUUAAAAACCAAGAGAAUAUAGUAUAUCAUCUUCUUAGCUCUCUAAUAAAAAUAGGGUAAGCAUAACAAUUGGAUUAGUUAAAUAUCAAACUCCAUUUAAAAGAAGUAUAGUUGGUGUAUGCAGUUAAUAUCUCAAAUAAAUAGAACUUAAGUAGUAGAAAGUAAUUGCUUGGAUCAAAAAAGGUACUAUGGAAAUGCCUUUCAAUGAUCCUACAAUUCCAGUAAUACUAGUUGGACCAGGAACAGGAAUUGCACCCUUUAUGAGCUUAGUCGAGUAAAGAAACAUUUUAAUUGAAAGACAGUAACUUACUUAAGAGCAGUAUUCAAAUAAAACUUUUAUCCUAUUUGGUUGUCGUUAUAAAUAAAAAGAAUUUUACUACUAAAAAUUCUUAGAAGAACUUCAUGAACUUAACAGAAUAAACCUUUUCACUGCUUUUUCAAGAGAUUUUGACAGUAAAGUUUAUGUCUAACAUUUACUUACAAAGCACUACGAAGUUUUUGGAGAUUUAAUAGCUAAUAACUUUGAAAAAAUAAAAAUAUUUGUCUGUGGAACAGCAAAAUAUAUGCCAAAAUAAGUAGAAGAAGGUUUCGUAGAGCUUUUAACCAAGUAUUUAGAAGGUGAUAGUGAAAAAGCAAAAGCAAUUAUAUAAAACUUAAUCAAAAAAAGAUAAUAUGUAGUUGAGGCUUGGUGAAAGAAAAAACUAAUAAAAACAAAAUAUAGAUAAUAUUAUAAUUUAAUUUAUAUAUUAUGUAUGCACUUUCAAUAUAUAUAAAAAAAUGUAUUUAUUUUCAUUUAAUUUAAAAAAAUAUUUAAAAUUAUUUCUAAUU